UAGGUGUAUGUAUUACCGGCCCAUUUUUAUUUACAUUUUUGACAGUCACGCCGCAAGCCGCAUUUCUAGAAUUUUUCCGUGAGUGCCUAUUUGGAUAUCGAAGUGUGUGUUUACGUCCCAAAACCAAUCAAAAAUGAGCUGCCCUUUUGGAAAAGAGGCCUUGGACAAGCUGAAACAAUUCAUUGACGUUUGCAAGUCCAACCCUGACAUUCUGUCGUUGCCUGAUUUAAACUUCUUCAAAGAAUUCAUCGAGUCCUUCGGUGGUAAAGUGCCCCCACCUUCGAAAAUGUCCUCAGAAGCCCCCAAUGCACGAGCUGAAGACGUCGCGUCCGAUGCCGAAUCCGAACCAGAAUCAGACUUGGAGCUUGAUACUGAAGGCUGUGUGGAACCUGAUCCUCUGGACGAAAACCAAAAGAUGGGCGAUCCAAACAAAAAAGUGACCGAAGAAGAGAGCGACAAGUCGGACGAAAAACGAAUGGAAGCCAUGGGUCAGUUCUCUGAAGGAAACUACGACAAAGCCAUCGAAUUAUUCACAGAAGCGAUCGAAUUGAAUCCCUCCUCUGCGCUGCUCUUCGCCAAGAGAGGACAGGCGUUUCUGAAGCAAACUAAACCCAACGCUUGCAUUAAAGAUUGCACCAGAGCCUUAGAACUGAACCCUGACUCCGCUGCAGCCUUCAAAUUCCGCGGACGCGCUUUCAGCCUCAUCGGCGAGUGGGAGAAAGCGGCCAAAGACUUGCGUCAAGCCUGCAAUAUUGACUUUGACGAGCAGACCGACGAGUGGCUCAAAGCGGUGACACCGAACGCCAAAAAGAUAGAGCAACACAAGUUGAAACAGGAGCGGAAAAGGCUCGAGAAGGAGGAACGGGAGAAGAGGGAAAGGGCCCGGAAAGCGCGAGAAGCGCAUGCCAAAGCCAGUAAUGCGACCAGAACUGAAACAAACAACGCCAAUGCAAACGCAGCUCCUGGUGAUGAUUUUUAUAAACUUUUGCAAGAUCCGGAAAUUCGGGCUGCGUUCACCGAUCCUGAAGUCUCGGCGGCAUUUGCUGAUAUUUCGUCAAAUCCUGCCAACUUUUAUAAGUAUCAGUCGAACCCGAAAGUCAUGGCUUUGAUUACAAAGUUGUCGGGAAAAUUGGCGGGGUCUGGUUUUGGACCGGGGAGCUUUCCGGGAUUCCCUGGAGGGUUUCCCGGGUUCGGGGGGAUGCCAGGAGGGGGCGCGGGCGCAGCCCCGCCCCAGUUCCAACACGAUGAUGAUAACUUGGAUUAAACGUUUUUUUCUUACUUUAGUUUUAGUAAAAAAGGCUGAUUUUAUGUAUCUUGCUACUUGUAAAUUAAAGGGUUAUUAACUA